GCCUGAGCUGGGGCGUCGCGCUCUGACUAGCGACGGCGGCGGGAGCGGGGAGAGGGGGCGCGGGUGGCGGGGCGGCGGCCGCGUGGCGCCCUCCGGCCGGCCAAGCCCGCACCUGCCCGGCGCCCGCCUAACCAGCGAGCCCGGCGGGAGGCAGGGCGGCGUCCCGGACGUUGAGGAGGGGCCGCGCGGCGCGGGCGGGCGGGGGGAUUCGCGGUGGGCGCGGGCGCCGCGCGGCUGCAAAGGCUGGAGGCGCUGCGGCGCGAGUGCGUCACGCUGGCGGAGGGCACGGUGGGCUGCGGCCGACCCGCCGACCAGGAGCCGGGCGUCCCGGGCGAGGGGCAGGCGGCUGUACCGGCCCCCGCAGCCGCGAGCGGCGCGGCCCGGGCCCGGCUGGGGGUCGCCAGCGAGCCGCCGCCGGCUUCAUUCAUUCCCGCGGCUCCGCCUCCUUUCCCGGGCUCCGGCGGCGCGUCGGAGAGGAUGGCAUUCCCUGUGGAUAUGCUGGAUAAUUGCAGUCAUGAGGAAAUGGAAAAUUCUGCUGAAGAUUACAUGUCAGAUCUCAGGUGUGGGGACCCUGAAAAUCCUGAAUGUUUUUCUCUUCUCAAUAUUACGAUUCCUAUUAGCCUGUCAAAUGUAGGCUAUGUACCUCUCUAUGGUGGAGAUCAGACCCAGAAAGUUCUUGCUCUUUUUGCACCUGAGGACUCACUCACAGCUGUGGCACUUUACCUUGCUGAUCAAUGGUGGGCUAUUGAUGAUAUUGUGAAAACAUCUGUCCCUUCUAGAGAGGGACUUAAGCAGGUGAGAACUCUUGGGGAGAGAGUGGUUCUGUAUGUUCUGAAUCGAAUUAUUUAUAGAAAGCAGGAAAUGGAGAGAAAUGAGAUCCCAUUCCUGUGUCAUAGCAGUACUGAUUAUGCUAAGAUUCUGUGGAAGAAAGGAGAGGCCAUUGGGUUUUAUUCAGUUAAGCCUACAGGAAGCAUAUGUGCCUCGUUUCUUACCCAAAGCUACCAACUGCCAGUUCUUGAUACCAUGUUCGUAAGAAAGAAAUAUAGAGGCAAAGACUUUGGGCUUCAUAUGCUGGAGGACUUUGUUGAUUCCUUUACAGAAGAUGCACUUGGCUUGCGGUAUCCACUGACCUCUCUCAUGUACAUAGCUUGCAACCAGUACUUUGAAAAAUAUCCAGGAGACCAUGAAUUGCUUUGGGAAGUUGAAGGUGUUGGACACUGGUACCAGAGAAUACCAAUCACCAGAGCAUUACAAAGAGAAACAUUUAAAAUUACAGCAGUUUCUCAAAAUGAAGCUAAAAGACCUGUGUCUGGAGAAUACGGUCUUGGAUCUGUUCCAGACUAUGAAGCAGGAGCUGAAGACAGUCUGUCUAGUGAGAUGCAGCUAACGAUUGAUUCUCUAAAAGAUGCCUUUGCAAGUACUUCUGAAGGUCACGGUAAAACACCUGUUUCCACUCGUACUCGAAGUAGUCAUCUAAAGCGGCCAAAGAUUGGAAAACGGUUUCAGGAUUCUGAAUUUAGUAGUUCUCAAGGGGAAGACGAAAAGACUCCCCAGACUUCACCUACAGCUUCAGUGAACAAAUUGGAGUCUACUGCACGAACAUCAGAGAGCUCAGAAGAAUUCUUGGAAGAAGAACCUGAACAGAGUGUGAUUGAAUUUGAGGAUGAAAGUAGUGAUAAAAAUGUUCGACCAGCACCAGAAACCCAGCCAGGCCUGGAAAAGCAAGAAGGUGAAAAGGAAUCUGAAUCAGAGCCUAUGAAUGGUGAGAUAAUGGAUGAUACUCUUAAGACUUCACUUAUAACAGAAGAGGAGGACUCCACUAGCGAAGUUUUAGGUGAAGAAUUAAAAUUGCAGUCUUUUAAUUCCAGUGAAGACUCUACAAAUCUUGUUCCACUGGUGGUAGAAUCUUCAAAAUCUCCUGAGGCUGUUGCACAGGAUAAGACUUCACAUGUAACUGACUCAGAAAUGUUGCUAGAUGAAGGCCCAUCUGAUGACAAGGGGCACACUGAAGAGAGGCUGCCUCUAGUUUCAAGAAAGAAAGCACAUUUUGGGAGUUCAGACAAUGUAGCUACUAUCCCAAAUGAAGAACGGUCCGACAGUGGUUUUCCAAACUCCGUGAUAACUGAAUUUUCUGAAGAAUCGAUUCCUGAAAAUGUAUCACCCAACACUACUGCCUCAUUGGAAGACCAGGGUGAGGAGGGGGUAGCUGAGCCCCAGGAAACAUCUCCAGCUCUUCCUCAGAGCUCUUUAAUAGAGGUUGAACUUGAAGAUGUGCCAUUUUCACAGAAUGCAGGACAGAAGAACCAGUCAGAGGAGCAGUCUGAAGCAUCUUCUGAGCAGCUGGAUCAGUUGACACAGUCAACAGAGAAGACUGUGGAUAGCAGCUCAGAGGAGAUAGAAGUGGAAGUGCCUGUGGUCGACAGGCGGAAUUUAAGAAGAAAGGCCAAAGGGCACAAAGGACCUGCGAAGAAGAAAGCCAAGCUGACCUGAAUGAGGAAGAAAUGUGGAUGAUAAAUCCUCUUCUUUGUAACGUAAUCGUUGUUUUUAAAAUAUGGCAGUUAAUAAAUAGCAUGGGGCACAGGAUAAAAACUCCAAAUUUUCAAUUUGAACUUAUUUAUGAUGCCGCUUUUCCCUCCCCUGUAGGACCUAGGAUUCACCGUUCUUUUUAAUUUUUCAGGCUAUUUUGUGUAAAUACAAUUUUUUUAAUUUUUAUUAACCAUGUUUCGAUUUUGGGAAACCAGAUCAUACUAUAUUUUCUUUAGCAAUUGGGGAUAUCUGACCAUUAAUAUUUCACAAAAUAUAAAUUAAAAAAUGAAAGUAGUAGGGCUUCCAUCAAUUGUAAGGAUCACAGAAAUCUUUUAUACUAAGGGUUUUAAUAGUAAUCUUGGUGAAGGUUCUAGAAGAUUUAAAUUUCAAAACUAAUCACCAUUUUUUAAAAUGUAGGCAUGCUUAAACAAAAAUGUCAGUAAAUUAGGAUAAAUGCAACUUCAACUAAAUGAGAGCACAAAUUUGGAAAUUUAUGGUCAAAGGUUUAUGAAGGUGGUAUUUUGGCCUCUUAGUUCUUAGUUGUAGGUGCAAUUUCUUCCUUUGACUUCAAUGUCUGGAAAGGCACAAACAAAAUCUGUUUCCAGUUCACUCUUGAUAACAUCUGAUAUUAACAGUACUGCUAGGGAUUUAACUCUGGCCUGUAGGCACUCGUAUAAUUAUUUAAAAUUUCAUUUGAAUCUGGGGACUGUACUUUUGUCCUCACCCAGUUAACAUGUAUACUUUAGAAGUGUGAGAACCCUUCCUAAGGCUUCUCCUUAAUCCUGCCACUGCCUUUAUUCUAGAAUCUUCAUUAUAUUCCCCUCACUUUCAUCCACUUCCCUAACUCAUGGAGUGAUUCCUGUCAAAAGAUCUUUUUGCCUGCCUGCCAGCUUAUGCCCUUGCCUUCCAUUUUUGGUAGGUUUGGAACUGCGCCCCACAGUCUUAGACCUAGAUGGCAGGAAUAAGCUGCUCUAGGAGCCAUAGUUACAAGAGCUUAAAUCAGAUUGGAGGCUUCGUUUGUCCUUUUUGGCUUGCUCGCUCUUGAUUUGUUCUGUGCGGACAGGUUAUAAUCUAGCCUGUGUGUACAUUGUGGUUGCCUUUGCCUGGGUAAACUAAAAACAAAGAACAUCCUCAAUUGUUUAUUUUUGUAUAAUAAUUUAUUUAAAAAUGAACAAAAUGGUUAUCCUUAGAAUCCAAAGAGAAUCUUAAAACAGUCCUACUCUUUGGAAGUAUUAUGUGUACUCAAAUUUUCAUGUAAGUUUGAGAAUGCUUUGAGGCCAUUUAGAUCAUUUUUAAAACUGCUUGGUCCUUACAUGAAAAAAAAAUGUUAUGACUUUGUGUCAUUAUUUGAGGUGCUAAGGAUUGAUGUUGAAGGUUUAUUCAGUCUACAGUCAGAUGAUACUAAAUUUUAUUUUGGGAUGUUGGCAUUUUAGGAAAAUUUAAAGUUGAGGUAAAAAUCUUUAGCAGACAAAAUAGCAAACCCUCCUUAUUCGUGUAAAACUUUGAAUACUUGUAUCCUCUACUAUUUUCUUUAAUUAUUGGUCAGUUAGGCCAGAUUAUUCCAUUCUAAAUGAAAAUUAAGCACUUUGGCCAUUUGUUUUCCCAACAAAUGCUAAUCAAGUGAAAGAAUAAGUAUGACUAAUAUUAGUGUUAUCUGUUGAAUGUUUAUGCUGUUUUAUACAUUUUGUGAGAAAUUUUUGUUAAUACCACAAUUAGGGAAAUAAGGAUUUAGUAAAUUCUUAACCUUUCCAUUUUUAAUUUCUUAAAAUAAUUUAAAAACCUAACACCUACUUUUUUACUUGGAUUCUUCAUUGUUCUCUUUAAAAUACUUUCUUUAAAAAGGUGUAGUUUAAUUCGAUGACAACUCGAUGUGUGAAUAUAUAGUUGCUGAGGUUUACAAAAAAGAAAUGUUUAUUUAUAUGACCACUAAGGACUCGUAGUAUAAACUUGUUAAACUUGUUUGGUUUAAACAGUAGGUGCAUUUUAAGCAGUUUCAAAACUUUCUGCUCAGCACACAAUUUUUGUCCAUAUUAUCUCUGACAGAAAAUGUUAUUUUGGAGUUUAUAGUUGGUAGAGGAAAGUUAGGUCACAUGAAAAAAACCUAACUUUCAUGUUCAGUAACAAUGAGUUCUAUGCUCAGUGAGUGAGUGUAGAAUUUAUAACAAUUUAUCCUCAAUAAGGAAUCUAAAUAAAACUUAAUCACAUUACUUGUACUUUUUGCAAAAGGCAUUAGAAAAACUCUGAGAAUGACAGAGGACUGAAAUCUGAUUUCAACCAGGUAGUCUAGUUGUUAAGUGUCCAGUCACAUUCUAUAGUCCUUUGUGAACUUUUUUCUGUUUAGAAGUCUUAUUUGUGGAGAAGGGAGUUCAGUUCAGUUUGUGUAAAUACGUAUAUAUUUCCUUGUGUAAUAUAAAGCAGUUAUUAGCAAAAAUUUUAGUUCUUUCAAGUUUAUUCAAUUGCUAGACAUCACAGAAAUAUAUUUAAGAAUUUAUUAUAAAGUUCCUCUACAACUUUUAACAGUGAGAGGGUCUAUUAUGAUUUUUUAUAAAAUCAAAUAGCAUGACAGAAUGUCAAUCUUCUACUUGUGUCUCUAUUCAUGGUGUUUCCAUUCAGUGCAGAAAAUUAUCACGGCAAGGAUAAAAACUACUAGUGAUUAAUGGUUCACUUUUAGCUGACCACCAGAACACCACCUAAAAUGGUUUCAGUGACUUUAGAAAAAUAUCUUGACGGUUUAUGAUUGCCUCGAAUUGAGCCUUUACCUGGUAUCUAAAUACCUGCUCUUACAUUCUGACUCACCCUUAGGGAUUACCUUCUAAGGUUUGGUCACACCAGCAAACUGAAACAGAUUUUAAUGUAAAUAAAGAAUUUAUACUAACAUUACUCACCUGUGUAACAGUAUUUUAGAAAUUUCUGCCCUGUAUGUCCACUAGUUGCAAUACCGUGUUUGAAGUGUUAACCCAGUCUUUCAUGGGUGUGGUUAGUUACAAAUGUUUAUGCUUCUGUUUGCAUACUUAGUAUCAAGCUUUAUUUGUACAGAUAGUUUAACUUGCUUAUUUUUGGUUGUGAAAAAUAAGCAUACCUCAGUUCUGUAUCCAGUGCUUACCUUCAGUAGAUUUUUUUUCUUUCACCCUCCAAAAUUUGUCAUUCACACAUUCCCCAUUUCUAUUAGUGGCAAAAUCAUUUGUUAAAAUCUAAUUGUAAGGAAGGUUCUGCUUCUGUUAUCCUGAAGUAAUUGUAUCAUACUGGAUAGUAAUUCCCAAGGAACUAGCCUUUCUUUUCCUUAGUGUCUGUGUGUUCUAAAACUUCUGCUGUGUUUAUACAAUUUAGAAAAGAUGUUACAUUAUUCAGAAUAGCAAGACUUACUCAAGUACUUACGUUUGUUUUCUUGGUAGUUUCUUUUUUCCUAAUUUUUUUUUUUUUAAUUUUUAACAGUAGUAAUUAAACCUAUAUUUUGUGAUUGUUUCCUGGUCUGUGUUUUGAAAUUCCUUCCCUUUCCCCUAAGUUCAUUGGUGAAGAUGUGUUUAGAUAUUGAAUUUGUUUAGACACUGAUUUCGUUUAAGGCACAAUCACAUUGGUUGUACUUUCAAGACAGACUUAAAAAAAAUAAACAGAAUUGAAAACAAUGUGAUUAUAAAUUAAUAUAAUAUAUAGACACCCUAAAGCUCAAAGUCACAAACAUAACUCAAAUCACAAAUGUGCUUUUGACUAAAACAUGACCUUUCUAAUAUUAUCUAAGUAACUGCAAAUAAAUUUCUCUUUAAGGGCAUCAGUGCAGCCUUUUUCUUUUUAAAACUAUUUUACCUGGAAUUACUUAAAUUUUUACCACUUUAAAAAUAUAAAUACACUACCCUAACUUUAGAAUACAGGAAAUGCUAAAAGUAUAAACAUUUUGGUUGGUGUUUUUUUCAUGUAUCUAUCUUGAGUAGAAAAUACAGUUCCAAGUAUAUGGCAUUAUAUAUGAUGA